AUGAAAGGAUUGUUCAUUUGUAUCUUUCUUUUUACUAUUGUUAUGUUAAAUCAACACGUAUCAAUUUAUGCACAUAUUCCACCUAAAUGUUCAGAGAAGAUUCCAGGAAAAAAUGAUGCACAAAUUUCGCAUGAAAGUUUAACGAAGAAGCACGUGAAAGGAAACCCAUCUCUUUCAUAUGAAAGUUUAGAGAUACUUAGAAGAAAAAUGGAGGAGACAGAAGGCCAAAAGGAAUGGGAAGAAGCCAAUAAAAACAAUCCACAGUAUUUGUCUCAAAAUGCGGAGAAGGUUUCAAGAAAAAUGGAGGAGACUCAAGGCCAAAAAGAAUGGGAAGAAGCCAACAAAAACAAUCCACAAUAUUUGUCUCAAAGUGCAGAAAAGGUUUCAAGAAAAAUGGAGGAGACUGAAGGUCAAAAGGAAUGGGAAGAAGCCAAUAAAAACAAUCCACAAUAUUUAUCUCUAAAUGCAAACAAGGUUUCAAGAAAAUUGUUGGAGACUCAAGGCCAAAAGGAAUGGGAAGAAGCCAAUAAAUACAAUCCACAAUAUUUGUCUAAAAAUGCAGAGAAGAUUUCAAGAAAAUUGUUGGAGACUGAAGGCCAAAAGGAAUGGGAAGAAGCCAAUAAAAACAAUCCACAAUAUUUGUCUCAAAAUGCAUAG